UCGGUUGACUUGAUUCACUUUCAUCUCGCGCAAGAGAUUGACACGUCAACAAGCGCACAGAUGUCAGGCUCUUGGGACCCCGCUUCUAUAUCUCUUGCACGCUUGCACUUCAGGCUGCGCAAGAAAAACACCAUCCUUUGACGUUCGUCUCUCACCAUCACAUCCGUUUCUAGCUUGGAAGCUUCACCAAAAUGAUUCGAUCAAUGUUCUAUGCCCGUUUCCACACCGCUGAAGGUUCGAAAAUUGUGCAUGAGGUCCCAGAAGGCUCGAUUACACCAUCGACUUCGCCCUCUGCUCUGCGUCAGCCACUGUUCGACUUCUCCACUGUCUCUGACUACAUCAUCCCACGUCAGGAGUUCUGUGAUCACCUUCUCACCGUGGCCAUCUCCGAUCACCGUAUCAUUGGCUACCCGGUCUGCAUUAGUGACUACGACGGCAAGUACGCUCGAAACGAGUUCAUUUUCAAUUUGGCCCUGGUCAUUGAUGAAGACGUCGAGGAUUGGACCAGCUACGCGAACAUUAUUCGCAAGCUUGGACGACUUCUUCGAGCCUUGGAGGAGCAAAGUGGUUUCCUCAGCAAGGAAGAGGCCAGCCUUGCGAAACCUGUUGACCGAUCUGCUACUUCUGGUAAAGACCCAGAGACAUCGAGUACAAAGGCUGCGGAAUCUGCUGUGCCCGAGGGCAAGAUCUACGCCUUGUGCGAGAUGAUUCUUGAGGAUCUAAACAACUACCGUGAAUGCAUGAUUCCAAUCGACGAAGCCAACACGAUCAACCUGAAGCUCUUUCCCUUGCUCAAAGCGCCUGCUCCAGUUCAUGCUUGGCACGUUCCGCUAUUGACAAUCAAUCUCUCUGCAUUCUCUUCGCAGCACAUCUCCUCUGAUCUCACUCUUCAAAGAGUGUUACCUUACAUCAACGGCGUCAAUUCGGUCUCUCACAUCUCCAUCUUAGCAGACACCGAUCUCAGUUUGACUAGAAAAGCAAUUCGUCACUUGGUCUACUACAGUUGCGUGCUCCUUCUCGACAUCUUUCAGUUCGGGGCAAUCUAUGCACCAACCCCAGACAUCCACUCGUUCGUAACUUCCGAAGCCUUGCAGCGGGAGUGCGUUCGCUACGUCACCGUCCCAAGAUCGCAGCCAGACCUCGCAGGUGCCGCCGGUCCAAUGAAUGAGACUUCAGCGUACGACACGGCCAACAUGGCCGCCUCUUUACCCGUCAUCGAGCCAAUGACCCUCAUCAUGCUCUACGUUUCCCUGCGCCAAGGUGUUACACUCAAAAACUGGGUGCUCGAGAACUUGGAGAUGCUAGCCGGCAUCGAUAUCCGGCGGCUGAUUACCUUCGGGGUAAUCAAAGGAUUCCUGUACCGCGUACACAAGUACGUCAUUGCAGCAUCCUCAGCACUACCAAGUCCUGCCAAGGCGGACGCAUCGCUUCCGCAUACGGAGCUUCCAGGCGGGAAGUUCUGGGGAGAGGAGGGUGCGCCCGCCACGGCGGGCUCUGCGACUGGGGCAGUGCGCGAGCUGCCGUUGGAGAAGUAUAUGGAUGGCAUCCAUAGCUUCGAUGAGAUCUGCACUGAGCUGCAGAUGAGUGAGCGGGCGGUCAUGGAGAAGAUGAAGGCGUUUGGAGACGUUCACAUCAUCCAUAAGUGAUGCCCUGCUUGCUUGUCUGUAGUUAGGUGUAGUUCGAUUUGGGGCUAUGGAUGUGCAUCGUUUGUAAUAAUAGCACUCAACAGUAAUAAGGACGUCAAAUCUUUUCUGUCAAUUGAACGUAAACUUGAUUCUUCUUCUAGUAAUGUGUCAUGUCCUGUGUACCUAUUUACGUGUUACCGAGAUUGACCAUUAGCGUGCGCGCGACCUGUACCAAAUGAAGUGGCUAGAAUCUUCGUUCAGGCUCUACAAACGUAUGAGAUCAUGUAUAGCUAAUGUCAACCGACCUGGUUCUGCAUCCUUAGACACAGCCUGUUAUACGUAUUCACCAUAGCGGC